UCAUGCAUGCAAUGUUCAGAUCGGAUCGCGUCUGACCUUUUAUUCCUCAAACGCAAAACCCAAGGCUUGCCCGGCAUGGGAGAUCAGAAAGAGCCGACAAUGGUGCACAAAUCCACUUCGUUUAGUAUCAAGAGUCUGCUGCUUCCUUCCAAAUGCGACAAACCGGGCUUGGGGGCUCCUGAGAAAAACACUCUCCCUUCGGGCUCAGACUCAGAGAAAUCCCUGGAUCCCACCGAAAUGGAGCCCACGCCGUUCAACCAGGAAAACCAAAAGCAGGACGAGGAGGGCAGCGAGCGGGCGGCGGAUUCCAGCAAAAACGGAAAAUAUGACAAACCGCCGUUCAGCUACAAUGCCCUGAUCAUGAUGGCUAUUAGACAGAGUCCUGAAAAGAGACUUACUCUUAACGGCAUCUACGAGUUCAUCAUGAAGAACUUCCCUUACUACCGAGAGCACAAGCAGGGCUGGCAAAACUCAAUCCGGCACAACCUGAGCCUCAAUAAAUGUUUUGUGAAAGUGCCGAGGCAUUACGACGACCCGGGGAAAGGGAACUACUGGAUGCUGGAUCCCUCCAGCGAUGAUGUCUUCAUCGGUGGGACUACAGGCAAACUUAGGAGGCGCUCGGCUACCUCCCGGGGCAAACUGGCAAUGAAGAGGGGUCUCCGCUUCGCGCCGUUAGGGCUGGGAUUUAACGACAGGGCGAGCAACCCUUUGUACUGGCAAAUUUCGCCAUUUUUGUCUUUACACCAUCCUCAUUACAACGGAUCUUCACCUGGAUUUCUGAAUCAGGGGCACACGUACGGUUCGCUACUUUCCGGAGUUGAGCAGCUGGGCAAUGGAGACCUCUCUCGCCCGAUUCUGGGAGGAUCUGCCGGGGGCAUUAACUUGACAAACAGUUACGGCGUUAGCACGUCUCCCGUUGGUUUAUUAUCCGGACAAGCGGGUUAUUUCGUCUCUGGCUCGCAGCACACACAGCCCCUCCAGCAGAGCGGUGGCUUCGCGGUGCCGCCCGGCUCCCCCCACUCCCUUAUCUCCGAAACACUGAGAACCUCAUUACCGUCCUUUACGCCCGGUGUUACCGGCGGAUUCUCGGGUGUUUUGUCCCAUCAUCAAAAGAGGGUCCCUCCCAGUUCUUUCUUAAACUGACCAUCUCUACAAACGGUAGCCUACAUGCCCUUUUUCAUAUUAACCUUAAACAAUAAAGUGAUGACAAGUCAGUCAAAUGGGAAGACAGUUCUGCAACUACGAUGUUUUGGCCAUAUGCAUAUAUCCUGAAGUGCGAUGUUUUCUUCCAUUGAAAGGGACUAACUUUUAGUUUAUACAUUUUAACUAUAGCCUUGCCAAAGGUAACAGCACACAUUUCUGAUUAUUUAUAUCUUGUAUAAAUAAUUUGAAUGGUUUCCGUGGGUCGGUUAAUUUAUGUUUUAUAUUUAUUACAAAAAAAAAAAGUAUUUAAUUUUUAUUGUCAUAAUAUCGAUCAGUCUUGGGGUACAACAUACAGCUACUUCAAUUAUUUAUGUAAGUAUGCAUUUGUUUUGCAAUCAUUCCAUAUGGUAAAAGCGCCUUAUAAAUACAAAUCAGGGUUAUAGACGUGCACGAGGAGACGGAUAACCUUCAACAAAUUCGGCUCUGCUCAGGUUCUCCGCUUAGGCUUAAUCAACGUAACAUACUGCUGUAACGUGUAUAUAACCAACGGUCUGCAGCCAUUUAAAGAUGAAGAGUUUCCGUUUUGGAACCAAUUUUACUUCUUUAAUUUUUGUUUGUUUUUGUGGGGAGCGUGAUUUUAGCAACAUGUAGAUGAGUGUCCGUAGUCACAGCGAUGCAUGAUGUUGGGCCUGCACGUAGGAAACGUCAAAUGACGGAGGCCGUCGUGGUUUGGUCAUUUGCGCAUAAGCAGUUUAAUUUACUGUCAUAUUGGUGUCCGAGAAAAACGUCGAGUGUUGUCUAAACUCAUGCCGCAUAGGUUACUGGGAAAGAUGGUACUACAGCACCUCAGUAAAGAAGUGUUAAAACAGGCGUUCACGUUCAUUUACAUUUAAGUCUAAGUUUAGCCGAUGUGUUUUUCUAUUAUCGCAGACGGUACACUAUUUUGGCUGAUCCACGACCAAAGAUGGAGUCGUCGUCUGAUAUUAUUGUUCAGCUCCUUCUCCCGCUCUGAGUUCAGGUUAGAUGCCACUCGCCUAUUGGUAGGAGGAAGUCGAUCCAUGGCACAUCUUCAUUAUCGAACUGAACUACCUUUAAGGCAUUGACGUUUUCAUUACAGAAUGUCGUUUUCAUUUCAGCAACCUUUGUCUUUUACGUCAAUCUCUAUCUAUCUAACUCUAUGUAUAGGUUACGUUGUUAUUAAUUUCACGA